AUGUGGGACCCUGGGCUGAAGGGUCACACCUGUGUGCCUUGUGGGGCAGGUGGGGGGCACCGGGGUCCCUGCACUGGGCUGGGGCUGGUUCCCCUCAAAGUGGAGUGGCCAGGGGUGAGGGCAUGGCCGUCCCCACACGCGCCGUGCCCGCAGUGGCCCUACUGCCGCAAGCGCUGCUCCUACUGCAACUUCAACACCUACGUGGUGCCGGCGGUGGACGAGGCGGCUGUGCGCGCUUGUCUGGUGCGGGAGGCACGGACCCUGCUGUGCCUCGGCCAGGUGCACAGCGUCACCUCCGUCUUCUUCGGCGGGGGCACCCCCAGCCUGGCCAGCCCCAGCACUGUUGCAGCAGUGUUGGAGGCUGUGGCGGGGGCUGCCCACCUUCCCUCUGGUGCUGAGGUCACGCUGGAGGCCAACCCCAGCUCCACCAGCACAUUGCGCCUUGCCGGCUUCAGGGCAGCUGGGGUCAACCGCCUCUCCAUGGGCGUGCAGUCGCUGGAUGAUGCCGAGCUGAGGAUGCUGGGCCGGGAGCACACAGCGGCAGAGGCACAGAAGGCUGUGGAAGCAGCGCGGGAGCUCUUCCCUGGCCGAACCUCCAUCGACCUCCUGUUUGGGCUGCCGGGACAGAGCCAGGAUGCCUGGGCCCAGAGGCUGGAGGCAGCCUUGAGGCUUUGUGACGACCACAUCUCCCUGUACCAGCUGACGCUGGAGCGGGGCACGGUGCUGGCAGCACAGGUCCAGAGGGGAGCCCUGCCCGCAUCCCCCCAGGAUCUGCUGGCUGACAUGUACCAGGCUGCCCGCACUGCGCUGGUGGGCACCGGCUUCCGCCACUAUGAGGUCUCAAAUUUUGCACGGAAGGGCGCCCUCAGCACCCACAACCUCUCAUACUGGCGGGGUGACCAGUACAUCGGUGUGGGGCCAGGGGCACAUGGGCGCUUUGUGCUGCGGGGUGAAGGUGGCUGUAGCUGGGAAGCUCGUGUCCAGACCCUGGAGCCUGUCACCUGGAUGCAGGAGGUACAGAGCCGGGGACAUGGCACCAGGAGUCGAGUGGUGCUGAGCCCAUUGGAGCAGCUGGAGGAACUGCUCACCCUGGGACUGCGCACGGAUGAAGGCAUCACACAGGAGCGCUGGGGGCACUUCUCCCCUCAGCUCAGCCUGCAGGCCGUGUUUGGGGAGCCAGGGGAGGCUCAGGCACUUCAGCAGGAGGGCUGGCUUGUCCUGGACAGCAGGGGGCUGCGGUGCACCUGGGCUGGCCUGGCCGUGCUGGACUCGCUGCUGCCUGACCUGCUCUGGCAGCUGCAGCGGGUGCUGAGUGCUGCCCGGCGCCCACCGAGGGGGACCCUGGCAGAAGAACGAGCUGGUGGCCGGGAUGUGAGGGCUUCUCCUCUCCCCUCACGCUUGGAUUGUUGACAGUGGAUGGCCUGAGGGCGGGCUCGUUCCGCGCAGGCGCGGCAACAGCUGAGCUCCAAUCAAGGUGCACUAAAGCAGUCUCCACCAAUGGGAGGCCAAGAAGAGUUGAUUGACAGGCGCUGGGCGGGGCCAGGGUUACCUGUGCACCCCUCCAAUAAAAGGUGGAGCAGCCAUUUUGUGAGUGAGCACGUGGCAGACGGUCACGUGCUCUCGGUGCCGUCUCGUUCCUUAUUCAGUCCUUGUAUUUUGUUAUGUUUUAAUAAACCUUUGGAAUUUCAAAA